GGCGCGUCGCGGUCCUGACAACAGCCGGGCGCGCGCGCUUUGCUACCGACCCCCGCAAUGCGCCUGCCUCCGUAACUGAACACCACAGCAAAGGACGCGAAGAACACGAAGAACGCGAAGAACGCGAAGAACGCGUGCACAAGAUGGCGCCCGUCGACACCGACGCUGCAUCGCGCAGCAACAACCUGCCCAUCCUCAUCUUCGGCGGCCAGACGCUCCUCGUCGCUGGCCUCACUGCCCAUGUCCUCCUCACUACGCGACGCGCUGCAAGAGCCCUGCCGCCGUCUACGCGGACACGCUCGCAGAACGAGAUGCGCCGCCGCCAUGCGCGCAUCUUCUCUGCCAUUGCGCUGCUGUCGCUGGCGAGCGUGACGACCUUCUCCGUCGUCUGGCGCUUCAUCUCGUACGUGCAGUGGGCAGAGCUGGCGAAGCACGAGACGCCCGGCAGCUUGUGGCAGGGCUGGUACGGCACCGGCGACGGGGGCGUAGGCAGCUGGCACCUGGCCGCCUGGAUCAAAGACAUCGAUCUGGUUCGUGAGUCCGACGCUGUGGCUAUACUCGCACCCGAAGGCUUCUUCUACACCGCACAGCACUUCGUGGCGCUGCUGGCAAGCGCCAUCUUCAUCGGCGUCCAAGGACACCGCCGCGACCUCUCGCCCUGGACCAUCGCAUCCUUCGUCACGCUGGGUGCCUUCGGCAGCCUGGGCUAUGCGCUCAGUCUGUUCUUCGUCGCCAUCCUCUACACACCCGUCACCGUCCACAACGACGACACGCCCCUCCACGACGCCCUCUUCACCCCCAGGCCAGCCGUGUACUGGGCGCCCAUCGUCUCCUCGCUGCUGGUCCUCAAUGAGCUCCCCAAGAUCCUCCUUCAUGGCGACACGUUCCGGCUUCUGCGCCUGGGCUACCUCCUCACCCCGCUCUUUCUCGCCUUUGCGCCCCAAAUCACACCCGUGGCCCUGGGCAUCUCGCACCCCACCAAAGCACACGCCCACCGCUCCUACGCCACCGUCUUCCACUUCCUCUCCAUCGUCGCUUUCGUCUUCUACGCCCGCGUCUUCUACCUCAACAUGCGCCACUCCGUCCCCCCACCACCCCCCCACCACAUCUGGGACGUCUUCUCCAACGCCGUGGGCCGCGAGGCAUCGCGCACAAACCGACUGCUCCACGGCCUCGGCGCAUUCACGCGCAAGCUGAGCAAGAUAUCCCAGCAUCCCGCAGUCAGCGUGACCUCGCUCGACGUUUUGCUCACAGGCGUGUCGUUGCUGACCUGGACGUUCACGCGCGACCUCGACGUCGAAGCGCUCCUCGACAGCUCCAUCCUCUCCUUCUUGGUCCCAAAUCACAGGCAGCACGUCCGCUUUUUCGAGCCCAUCAUCAAGCGACUCGAUGCUGCCACCAAUCUCUCCGACCCCGCCGAACUCAUCCCCACCACCACGCCCAAGAAGCGCGGGAGGAAGAGCAACGCUGAGAAAGCGGCCGAAGCGUCUGCCACAGGCGCCUCCGCGUCGCCCGAGUCAGGCCGCGCAGGAACGCGUCGCUCCACCCGCCGCUCUGCGCUUGCUGCAUUCGAUGACGCCGUGGAAACGCCUGAGGAAGACGACGCAGACGACACGUACGUCCCGGAUGAGAAGACGCACCACGAGAUCCAGGAAACAGAAGCCGACGGCGCAUCAACAGACGACUACGUCGAAGCCGCCGAAUCAACCGCACUCGCCAUCUUCCUCACCUUCCUCGGCGGGCUGGGGCAGUUGGCGAGCGCAGCGCUGGGCGCUGAGGUUGCGGGGCCGCAGGAGUAG